UUGUAUGUAUUUUAAACUUAAUCAGAAAGUCCACUAUGUUAACAGUAAAUUAUGUUUUUUUUUUCUUCCACAGGACGUUGCUGGAGGAAGUAAAGAACACACAAUAAAAACACUCCAUCAUCCAUCUGUGUUUCUUCUAUAACUCAAAAACACUGCAACAUUAUCAACAAUGACUUCAAACCUCACACAUCAGUGGGCUGAGAGCAUGAGGAGGUGGAACCUAGAAUUGUUAUGCAUCCCGACUGUUGUCAUUACUCUCGCUACCUUGCUUAUCAGCCCUGUUCUGUUGACCUGCAUUCUUUUGUCCCGCGCCUUGCGUCAGGAGACCCGCUACCUGCUGGUGGCCAACACCCUGACAGCAGACAUACUCUUCCUUGUCCUCAACUUGGCCACAGUGAUGAUCAAUUCUGUAGGAGCUCAGAUACCUUGGCUUGUGUGUGAGCUGGUUACAACUAUCGUCAUCAGUGCUUACUGCUGCGCUAUCCUCACAGUGACUCUCAUGGUGUUAGACACCUUUGCUGCUGUUCGCUGGCCUCUCCGUUACCAUGAUUUUCUCACGCCCUGCCGCACCCACUGCAUCCUGGUUGGGGUGUGGAUACUGUCAGUCUUGUACCCUUUCACCUCAUUGAUCAUGGUAAAGGUAAAAGAGGAAAGUCCUCAUGAAAAAGUGACCUACUGUCUGGCUUUCAUCAUCCUCAAAGAAGGUGGGAUUUACAUCUACUUCUUUGUAGGUGCUCUAAUAUGUACCCUUCUCAUUUUAUACUGCUACACCAGGCUAUACAUGGUAACAAGGACGCAGGGAAUCUGGCACAGCCGUUUCUCCAGGGCGCGGGUCACUGUGCUGGCCCAUGGGGUUCUGCUCCUGCUCUACUUUGUCCCUGGCAUAGUUUUCACCCUGGAGCUCUACAUGUUCGAAAAGAAAGGCAUGAGUCAGGAUGUUCAUGUGUGGAUCAGCACAGUCAACUGUUGUGUUUUAAUGUUGCUGCCCAGGGCAUUUGCUCCGUACCUGUAUGGGCUGAGGUACAGAGAGAUCGCUGAUACACUGAUGCUGCUGCUGGAUUGUCACAAGAGACUCACCCAGAUCACCUUAUCCUAAGAACUCUGCUUUCCAGGCUCAUUACAAUUUUCCAGUCAUAUUGUGGUAUAGCUUUUUUGUUCAUGUGAUAGCUCUAGUGGACAUCUAACAAAAAAAUUGCAAAGGCAAGAAGCUGGAUUUUGUGAUGCUAUGAGUACAGUGCAAUCUAGUGUAUUUUUAUUUUUGUGAUAAGCUACCCUAAUUUUUCUUUUUGUUCAAGUUUUUUUUUUCAUGUCUUCCUAGUUUAUAAAUGUUUCCGUGCAGAUUUGUCUAAAUCUUGUUGCACAACAAAGAAUGCAAAAAGAUUUAGAUUUAAAAAUAUUUAUUCACAUGUAAUACCAAAUGUAAUUUGUGUCUAAAUACUUUCUCAGCUUGUUAGAAUACCAGACCUUCCAGAAGACAUGUUUUC